ACUGACGUUUGACGGUGACGGCCCGUGACUCGUGAGUCGUGCGUGACUGUCUGCUAUAACAAAAUUACAAAAGUUGUAACUUUGAGAGGGACACAUGUCUAGAUUUAAUUAGAAAAAUAGGGAUUUUAGGAAUGGAAAAUAUGUAGAUAAUGGGAAGAACAUAUUAUUAGUAUAUGACAGUUAGCGGUCCGUAUUUACCAAAUUUCAAUAGCAUUUAUUUGAUAAGUAAUUAUGUGUGAUGACAUAUUAAUACUUCUUAUGAUUUGCAGGUGAAAUUUGUCUAUACAAUUGAAGAAUGAGUGCGUUAUUCUUUUAAAAGGUUGUACUGUAACAAUGGCAGACAAUCGAACACUGGGAGUGUGGGACUAUGUGGUGCUCAUUAUUACGCUUCUAGUUUCCUUGGGAAUCGGUUUAUAUUUUCGCUGUACUGGAGGAAAACAAAAAACUGCAAAGGAAUACCUGCUUGGAGAUCGUAACCAGAGUGUACUGCCUGUGGCAAUUUCUCUCAUGGCUAGUGUCAUGUCAGCCGUCACUCUGCUGGGUGUCUCUGGAGAGGUUUACAUGUAUGGAACCAUCUUCCUCACUAUUAUCAUCUCGUACAUUCUGUUCACUGCCGUUGCCGCUUACUUGUAUCUGCCUGUUUUCUUUAAGCUGCAAGCCACGUCUGCAUAUGAGUACUUGGAGCGGAGGUUUAGUCCCAGAGUGCGCAUUGCAGCAUCUGUCCUCUACACUCUGCAGAUGGUCCUGUACAUGGGUAUUGUGCUGUAUGCCCCUACCAUAGCUCUGGAGGCUCUGACAGGCCUGUCUCGCAACACCUCCACCCUGGUUGUUGGCGCUGUCUGCACUGUGUACUCAACCAUUGGUGGAAUCAAAGCUGUCAUCUGGACUGAUGUCUUCCAAGCUGGAUUGAUGUAUGCAGCUCUCUUCAGUGUUAUCGGUGUGGCAGCCUGGGAUCAGGGGGGAUUGUUACCAAUCUGGAGGAUAGCUGAAAAUCAUGGCAGGAUACAGUUUUUUGACUUCACUCCAGACCCCACUGUAAGACACACCACAUGGGCACUGUUCUUUGGCGGCGGCUUCACGUUUCUAUCAGUGUACGCAGUGAACCAGAACCAAGUCCAAAGGUAUAUGACCAUGAAGGACCACAAGACAGCAGUCUGCUCGCUCUGGUUCUCUCUAGCAUUCUUGUACCUGCUGCUUCUUACCUGUGGCUUUGCAGGACUGUGCAUCUUCUCCGCUUACUACACAUGUGACCCUGUCAAAAACGGCCGGAUAUCCAGUCUGGAUCAGCUGAUGCCUCUGUUCGUAAUAGACAAGAUGGGACGUCCCGGACUCCCUGGUUUGUUUACGGCCGGAAUAUUUUCUGCUUCUCUGAGCACAGUGUCAUCUUGUGUCAACUCCUUGGCUGCUGUAACUGUAGAGGACUAUCUAAAGCCAUUGCUGCCCAGUAUAAAAGCCACAGGAUCCACAGCUCUCACGAAGAGCCUGGUAUUGUUGUAUGGCCUGGCCUGUCUGGGAGUGGGGUUCUUGGCUCAGUAUAUCGGAGGCUUGCUCCAAGCGGGUCUCAGCAUCAUGGGCAUUGCAGGAGGACCCCUCCUUGGCACCUUCACACUGGGCAUGUUUCUACCCGCCGCCAAUGAACCGGUUGCUGAAGUCCAGUUUCAACUCUAGGAAAACCAUGUCCUUCAAGGUGUAUUGAAAAUCAACCAAUAAUAGAAGACUGAUAAUUCAAAACCACUGCAACUUCAAGUGUUGUGUACACCCUACUUCUUAGUAGCUGGAUAUACAGCAUUCUGCAUAAAGAUUUAGUGAGCUUCAAGAACUAUCUGGUCUUCUCAAGCAAGACUCUACUAUUUUUAAUAUUUAUACACUUCCAGUAUUUUCCCUUUACUAGAUUGCACAAGCAUUACAUUUAUGGCAAAUCACAAAUUUAAGUUUUCAUUUUGCAAAGUAAUGUAUUGCGACUAAUACCAAAUAUGUUGCUAGCAGCUGUUGCUUGCAAGCCACAUACCUUUCUUCCUGUUGGUCAUGCAUCCUGUAUGUUUUGCAUGAAAGUGGUUUUUUUAGUUCUCCAUUUGCAUUGUUUCUGAUUGCUUCUUAUUCUUAACUAAAAAUCAUAUUUUUUAUGAGAGAAACAUUAAAUUAAAUUUUCAUAACAGUUA